AGCGGCGUCCAUUUGUUUCUUUAGUCGAACACGUAACAUACGCUUUGAAGUCAAAUUCAAAAUAGCUUUUUGAUCUCCGAAUCAGUUUCACGCCAGAAAACUUUGUGAAGUUUACAUAUCACAAAUACUGCGGUCAUGACCAAGGCAAGCUAUUUAAUGAUGGCUGUCUUUGUUGGAUCUUUGGCCGCAAUUGUCUAUAUACAGCGAGAAAGAAUAGAUUAUAACCGUCUCUGGAGUGUUUUGAUUCAAAGAGGCACCGAGACUCAAGACCCAAACACUGAUCAACUGGAACAAACCGACUGCCAAAGCAAAGACGGUCUAAAUAUCUGCCGCGACUCACGUUUGUCAAAUUCACCAUGUGGUGAUGCGUCAAAUAACGCAAACGAACCCAGAUCCUCAAAGGAUAAUAAUUUAGAUAGUGCUUGUUUUGAACAAGAAGGUACCGCAACUUCAUCAAAAGAACAGCAAAUUAAAGAACAAAAUGGAAAUCGAGUCUGUGGCGAAGAAAAGAAAGCGACCACUGAAGGAAACGAGUCCUUGCCGGGUCACAUGAAGAAAUUAGGAGAACAUGGCUCUUCUAUUGUGGAAGGAGAAAUCGAAGAGUUGAAUUUUGUACCAAACGGCAGGGAUUUUUAUGAAUACUUUUUACGAAAGAGGAAGCCUUUAGUCAUGCGAGGAGCAAUAAAGAAUUGGCCGGCAGUACGACACUGGGCGAACGAAAGUUACCUUCGCGAGAAAUAUAGUGAUGUUGUAUUCGAUGUACAGCUGACUAAAAAGUACGAGGGAGAAUUUCCGGCUAAGAAAACAAUGAACCUAAAUGAGUUUCUUUCAAUUUACAAAAGCAAGCAGGUUUAUUUGGAUUGUCCCUUCCCUCAUAGUGCCAUGAUCCAAGAUAUUUUCGUACCAUACUGCUUACAGUGCGAAGAAAUUAUGCCGACUAUUGCCAGUACCCAUUUACUUUUCAGCAGUGGAAACACGAGCUCAAGUUGUCAUAUGGAUGGGUAUGAGAACCUGUUAAGUCUAAUCGCUGGAACAAAGGAAAUUUUAGUGGCCAACCCGAAGUACGUGGAAUAUUUUUACCCCCGUAACCACACCACAGUAAACAUUGAAUCGCCAAUCGAUCCAGAGGCAGUCGAUUUAAAGAAGUUUCCCAAACUCGCCGAAAUCCCUUUUUACAAGGUUGUUUUGAAGGCUGGUGAUAUUCUGUACAUUCCUCAACACUGGUGGCAUCAUGUCAGGUCAUUUGACUGUCCAAACAUUGCCAUUUCCUUGUGGUUUCACCCAUUUGCCGAGAAAGAAGAGGAACAAAGUUCGCUUGAAGAUGAUAGUGCAGAUCCAAGUCUGUUUGAAGACAUGGUGUACAUAUCAAAAGCCUUUGAUAAACUUGUUGAGUCAUAUCCAGAAACAAUCAAGUGUCAGUCACAAAACAAGCCAAUCAAGGAAGUGUUUAGCCCCAAGUCUGAUGCAUGGGACACACCAAGGGAGAUCCAACCCGAAGAUAGUGUUGUUACUUUGGCCAGUGGACAUAAGAUGCCUAAGAUCGGUUUUGGUACAGCUGGUUUGUUUAAAGACACCAAGUCUUCUGUUUUAGUGGCCCUUACUUCUGGAUACAGGAUGAUCGAUUCUGCUCAAGCCUAUGAAGAAGAGCAGGUGGGAGCAGCAGUGCAAGAAAGUGGAAUCCCAAGAGAGGACAUAUUCAUUGUAUCCAAAGUUCAUCCUCGUUUCCUGGGACAUGAUGAAACACUCAAAUCUGUAGAAGAGACUUUAACAAAGUUGAAGGUUGAUUACAUCGAUCUGAUGUUGAUUCAUUCCAUGGACUGUGAUCAGGGGCCUGGGGCCCUCUUGAUUUGCCAGAAAGGGGAGCCCAAGGGAACAUGGGAAGACUCAUGGAAAACUCUUGAGUCGCUUGUUGAGAAAGGAACAAUCCGCAGUAUUGGUGUCAGCAAUUUUGAAGUUCAAGACCUGGAACGCUUGCUUGAGAUCUCCAAAGUUCAUCCUUCAGUGGUUCAGAACUCUUUUGACCCCUUCAACCAAGAUCGUGUAACUCGAGAAUUCUGCGAAAGAAAUCAUAUUCAGUACAUGGGACACAGCACUCUUGGCGAUUCUUGGAAAAGAGAUGGCCUGCCUCUAAAUCCUGUUCUUUCCGAUGAAGGCCUUAGAAAAAUAUCCUCCAAAUUCGACGCGUCCAUCCCUCAGGUUGUUCUCAAAUGGUCAUUAGAGAACGAUGUUAUUGUCAUUCCCCGCUCUCGCAAUCCGAAUCACAUCAAAACAAACUUGCAUUUGGCUCACGUUCUGCUCACCGAAGAUGACCGACAGUACAUCGAGGAUCUUGAUGGAAAGAUAAUCGUGCCCAACGACAAUCCUCCGUUCGACUCCCGAUCAGAGCCGAGCAUUUCCGGUCAACAAGGUACCGACGAGGAGAGGAUCUCAGAGCAGAAAACAGACAAUAUCAAUGAUAAAGUCGUUUUCGUAGAGAGAGUUAAUCCCGAAGAUUCUACGUUGUACUUGAGUUCAGAUGAUCAUUGGAUUUACGCGUUUGACGCCGCCACGGGAAAGUUGAAAUGGAAAUAUGGAACUGCGGAUGAAGGUGGUUCAAAAUGCGUUUUCAACUCUGAUGAGACGGUUGUGUACUGCGGAACUGACGACAAGUCACUGCGCGCGCUCAACGCUGCCGACGGUAGCCUUAUUUGGAAGUUUUCCACAGGAGGAGCGGUGACGUCGUCAACCCGAGUUGGUGCCGACGGCAGCCUCUAUUUCGGAUGUCUUGACGGGUAUUUUUAUGCAGUCAAUUCUGACGGCUCCUUGAAAUGGAAGAAGAACUUGGGCGUAGAAAUCUGGUCAUCUCCUGCUCUUCUUGAAGGCGGUAAAGCUGUAUUCGUCGGCUCAAUGGCUGAAGAUUCGGCAAAUGUUUUCUCGCUCGAUGGCCAAACUGGUGAAACGAUUUGGAAGUACGAGACGGCAGGACCGGUGUUCUCUUCUCCCACAGUUAGCCAUGAUAGCAAGGCUGUGUUUUUCUGUUCUUUUGAUGCAAACUGCUAUGCUUUUAACACUGAGGACGGUCGGCAGCUUUGGAUGUUUGAAGGCGACUCCGCGUUUCAGUCGUCACCAGCUGUCAGUAAACUGGACGGAACUCUUUUUGUCGGAUCUUCACAAGGAAAUAUUUACGCGAUCGACUCUUCAAAUGGACAAGUGAAGUGGACAAGGGAAGAUAAGGGUGAACUAUUCUCUUCGCCAUUUAUCGCUCCAUAUGGAAAUAUCUACAUUGGUUCAGGUCAAGGAGAGGUUCUGGCUCUUCGUCAACAUGAUGGCUCGCUCGUGUGGAGUUUUAAGACAAGCUCGUCAAUUUGGUCGUCACCACGGUUGGAUAAACGUGGUCUGUUGUUUAUAGGAGGGAUUGACACCUAUCUGUACGCCUUGCGAGCUGAUAAUGGACAAUUGGUGUGGAAAUACAAGACAGACGGACCGGUUGUGGGAACACCGCUGAUCACACGUGAGCAUGCUGUGGAACAAGCCUGAAGUACACAGGGAAAUUAUUAAGGCUAUUAAAAUUGAUGAAUUUGGUCAAAUUUUAUUCGCGGAUGUCUCAUCAUCAUCA